UAGUGCGGCAUUUGCUUGAUGACAUACUUCAAUAGACAGGAGUAAAUCUCUAGUCUAAUAAAAGUCCUGUAUACGUGAGUGCAACCCAGAAACUCUGAGACAGGACAUGCUGAAAGGGAAGCUGAACACGGAGUGUGCUGGGUGUAGAGUACAUUGCUGUUGAAUGUGGAGAUUGAAUGUGGAAAAUAAAUACACUAGAUCUUCAGAAGUCCUCAUUUUAAUAACUUAGGGAGUGUUAGGAAGAGAAGUGUAGAUAUCUAUUAACAAUACUUUUGAAGAAAAUGGCAAUCCUUUGUGCUGUCUGUAAUUCACUUGCUGGUAAGGAGAUGCUGUGAUUAUUGAACUGUUCUGACCAUAGUUCAAUUAAUCCAUCAAUAGCAAGUCUUUUUGCUUUUCUUAUAAAGAACUUUUAGUAGUGCAUUAUUCUUUUGGGGCACUUGAGUACUUAAUAAAGGAGCCUGAUAAUGUGCCUUUAUGCUGAUAUCCUUAUCUCGGAGGACCUAGUUUGGCUGCAGACUUUGGGAGUUUGGGGUGUUCUUUUUUUCUCUGGUGGUCACAGAAGAAGGUUUUGUAGCCGAGUUCUGGUCUGUGACAUCAGCGCCGCUUCCCUGGGGAACGUGGGUUCACGGAGACGCGAGGGACUUCUCUGAGCCCUGCGUAGGUAUGGAAGUUGUCAGUGAUAACAUAUUCUUCGGUUUGCCUUUGAUGUCUAGACAGUCUGAUGGCACCGAAGUCAAAAUCUUGUUUUUGUGAUCUUUGUAAUUUGGGGAGUACUUUUGAUUCAGGAAUAUGCAUACAUAGGGCAGAACUGUACAGGUACUGUGUAAGUAGUUAUGAUUUCCUUAUGUUGACAGUGUUAUAUUAAAGGUUCCAGUAAUGGUUACUCACUUUUAGUUUGGUGGGAAAACUAAACUGGAACAUUACUACUUUACAGCAGGAAAUCUAAAAUAACAUGUAAAGUCUUAUAGAGAAGAAGGGAGGACUUCAUCUUUUUUAAAUUGUCAAAUAGACAAAUCCCAGUUGCUGGAAUAUAAUGGAUUAAAACAUGCUGUUACCCUACUAUAGGAACUGGAAUUUAUGGUUUGCAUGCUGACUGACAUAGUAAUGUGUUGCAUUUUCUUUAGCAGUGUUAUACUUCCAGCCUGUUGUGUUGGAGGAUUUUUUUCUAAUGGAAGCAUUAGGUCGUGGAGAUGAUGCGGGUGCAAUUUCAGAAAAAUUUCGUUUGAAUGUUUACAAAGAACGAUCUGUGUUUGACUGCUGAAUUUGUAUGGCUUUAGAAGGUAGGAUAUCUAAUUGACAACCCUGAUAUGAAGACCUUAGAAAACAGCCUCAUCCUUGGGAUAUUAGCCUGUGCUUUCUAUCUGCCUUUGAUAGUUUCCUAUAAAAAAGUCACUAUCCCAGCAGAGCUGAAGUCAGUUGUAGCUAAAGUCUCAGUCAACACCACAUCCUGCAGUGUGACCUGUGGGCUGGGCGUCAAAGUGGAGGAGAUGUGUGAGAUCACUCCCGCCGGAGAGAGGAGGAAUUGCACCUUACGCAGGUCGGACUGCCUCACCAGCUGGAUUUGUGGCUUACUCCACUUCACGGUCCCCGCGGACAAACCGUUUGAGAUCAGCUGCCUGAGCUCAGAUGCGACUGGCAUUGAUAGCCAAGCCUAUACUUACACGUGGAGGCUUGCCCAAGGCCUUAUCACUACGAACGAUGCACUGUUCAAACCUUUCAAAAACCCUGAUUCUGUCAUCAAACUUUCUCCUACCAGGGAGUCUGAUGCGGGGACUUACCGAUGUGAUGUGCAGAUGACAAAGACGUUCAAAGUCAUCAAGAGGAUCUACUUUGGGAUCAGGGUGAUCCGAAAUGACUUAGUGGAUCUGGACUUUCAAAAAUCCUUGACUUUGGAGCAGAAAAUAGUGGAAAAUGAAGAGGAAGGAAACAAACAAAACAUCACCCACAUAGAAAUGCGACAGCAGCAGAGCUUUUGGCAGAGUAAAUUACUGAAUGAGCCCUUGAUAGGAGUUGGAAGUGGGGUGAUAGGAGGUGUCUUGGUGAGCAUAGCUCUCUACUUUUUGCGGAAGAUUUGGAGAAGCAACGCUGCAGAGAAAUGAAUUGAGUUUUAAUGCAAUUUCUUGGCCCUGUCUUGCUUAUUGUAAUGUAUAUAACAAUAUUAGUAUUGACGCAAUAUUUCACAGUGAUCUUUUUUUUUUUUUUUUUCUGGCUGACAUACUUUAUUAAGCUUCACAAGUCUGGUAACAGAUGAAAUAAUUGGUGAGUUAGCACUGGAUUGUAGAGCCAGAUCUUGAGUUUUAGUGGUGUAGUGCAGAAAAUACCUCCAGACAGGGCAAGGCAGUCGACCUCUACAUUGUGUAAAAGGAUGGUUAAUGUGAUGUUAUUCCUGCAGUGACCCAGAUAGGAGCUGGAGGACACUGACAGCCACAGAAAAUUGUCCACUGCUUGCCACUGUUUUGCUGUGCUGCUCUAACUGGUCUUUACUCCAUCUCUAGGUGUUCCUUUUUCUUUUUCUUCUUCUUUUGGAGCUAAUACUUUGGGAUCCUCUUUUUU